AUGCUUGUUGCCAGAGGAGUUACAGUCGACUGGGAAUGCUUCAGGACGGUGUUCAUGGAAAAGUAUUUCCUUGAGAGCGUGAGACACGCUAAGGAGGCUGAGUUUUUGAGGCUACACCAGGGAGGGAUGACGGUUUCUAAAUAUGCAAUGAAAUUCGAGCACCUGACUCGUUUUUAUUCGCAUGGUAUAGCUGAGGCCUGGAAAUGCAGGAAGUUUGUUGAUGGCUUGAGAUAUGAGCUGAAGAGAGUGGUGGUGCCCAUGGCCAUCACUGAGUUCCUGGCCUUAGUGGAGAAGUCAAAAGUGGUGGAGCGGUUGGAGGGUGGCAACCGGGUUGUGAGGACUGCUGGAGGGCCAUCUGGGUCCAAGAAGGGGGAGAGUCAGAGGAAGCCGUACGACAGGCCCCAGUCACAGCAAGGGGGUUAUGUUGCUCGGGACUAUCCGCACACGGAGAGCCGCUAUUUCAGAUGUCAUCAGAUGGGCCACGAGUCGGCCAACUGUCCCACUAGGAGCAGACCAGAGAGGAGAACUCAGAAGAGUGAUGGGCAGAGGGCUGAGACUCUGAGGAGUAGUGCACAGAGAGCUGAUACUCAGAGGGGUGACAGACCCACUACUGCUGGUAGGGUGUUUGCCUUGACAGUGUCGACGCCCGCUUCUGCUCCUGUGAUUUCUUCUGAAUUGUGUGUGGGUUGCCCGGUUGUAAUGAAUGAGAAGAAGUACAAGGAGGAGGAUGAGAUGUUGAUCUCAGCUGGCCAAGCUGAGUCCUUGCUGAGAGAUAGGGCAGAAUGCUGUCUUCUGCUUGCUGCAUUGAGUGUUGAGACUGAGCGGGUCAUUUCUGAAAUCGAUGUGGUACGGGAUUUUGCUAAGGUAUUCCCAGAUGAGGUGCUUGGGUUGCCUCCGGUUGGACUCAAGCAGUUGCAGGAUGAAGAGUUGGUGAGACUUCUUGGUUUGCUGGGUACCAAGAAGGCUGCUGGUUUUGAGCUGGGAGAAGAUGAGAUCUUGAGGUUCAGAGGCAGGAUUUGCCUACCUUAG